AUGGCCGACGUCGCAACACCACCCGCCGCCCAGGCCACUGCCACCAACGGCGCUGCUGCUUCCAAGGAAAAGCAGCAGAUUGUCAAGCCCGACAAGCCCGAUGAGGACAAGUACAAGGAGGAGCUCGCCAAGUUGGAGAAGGAGCACACCGCCGCCCAGGAGAAGCUGAACGCCUGCAAAGCCAAGCUCGACCUCGCCAAGCCCAACAACAAGGACUCGCCCAACGCAAAGCGCCAGCAGGAGCUCAAGACGGAACUUAACGCCAUCCGCCAGUCUCAGCAGGGUAACAAGUCCGGACGCAACGCCAUCUUUGAGAAGAUCAAGAAGCUCGACGAGCAGCUUAAGCAGCAGCUCAACGAACUCAAGACUGCCAAGGGCAAGUCCAACUACAAGUCGGCCGAAGAUGUUGACCAGGAGAUUGCCCGUCUGCAGAAGCAGGUCGACACUGGCAUGAUGAAGCUGGUAGACGAGAAGAAGGCCCUGGCCGAGAUCAGCGCGCUUAACAAGGCCAAGAAGAACUUCUCCGGCUUCGACAGCCAGCAAAAGAAGAUUGACGACAUCAAGGCCCAGAUCGCUGAGCAGAAGAAGCUCCUGGACGACCCCGAGAACAAGGCCCUCAGCGACAAGUACACCAAGCUCCAGACCGAGCUGGAUGGCCUGAAGGCUGAGCAGGACGAGGCCUUCAAGAACCUGAGGUCACUUCGCGAGGAGACAGACAAGGCGCGCGCCGUGCAGCAGGAGAAGUACCAGGCUCGCAAGGAGCUCAAGGACAACUACUUCCAGCAGCUGCGCGCAUUCAAGGACUACGAGUUCCAGGCCCGUAAGAUCCGCAACGAGAAGAGACGUCUGGAGCAGAUUCAGUACGUUGCCAGCAAGCGUAAGGAGACGGCCGCCAAGCGUCUCGAGGAAGCCAGCGCACCUGCGUAUGGCGACGAGAUCAUUGCCUGCGAGGGCCUGAUCCGCCACUUCGACCCCUCCGCGCUCCCACCCAAGGAGACCACCGCCGCCAGCAAGUUCGCCGCUUCCGCCCAGCGCACCGUCGAUGACUCUGGCCUCAAGGGAACCCGUAUAUCGAAAAAGGACACUGAGGAGGAGAGCUACUUCGCCGGUACCGGCGGAAAGAAGGGCAAGAAGGGCAAGAAGGGCGGCGCUGCUGCUGCUCCCGGCAAGUUCAACCUCAACAUCGGUAUCAUUGAGGAGUUGGCCAAGGUCGGUGUCGACCCUCCUUCAAACCAGGAGGAAGUCCCUGCCACCGUCGAGAAGCUCCAGGCUAAGCUCAAGCACUGGAAAGAGGAUCAGGACCGCAAGACCAAGGAGAACAUCGCCAAGGCACAAAAGGAGAUUGACCGCCUUGAGGCAGAGGAGGCCGAAGAAGACGCCGCGAACGGCAGCACAGACGCUGCCCGCAAGCCCGCGCAGAAGAACCAAGCUGUCAACGGCAGCGCUUCCGCCGAGGCCGAGCACGACCAGGAGAAGGACGCCGCGGCAGACGCUGCUGACGACCUCAAGAAGGCGUCGAUUGAGGACAAGGAGACAGCUGCCGACGCAUAA